UACCGCGCUCUGUCCUAGUGUAGGCACAACUACUCCCAAAUUCCAUUUCCCCAUGUUUCCCCAGCUCCCUACAGCACACAGCAUCUCCCUCAAGGAACCUGCGGAAGACAUUCCUCAAUCCUCACACAGUUUCUCGGAGCCUUUAUCAGUACUGCAUUGGAAUGUGUGUAAAUGACGCGCACCACUAAACAAACAAUGUACAUUAUAUUUAUUUUUACAAAUUAUUAUGUAGAUUUUAAAACAGUAAUAUUCGUUCGUUAAUUUUUUUCACAUUCUCAGUAUCAAGUUUGACUCCAGUCAUGUCAUCACUCCGGAAUGUGGCACUCAAGAUGGCGUAGUGCCUUGCCAACUUACGACUAUAUCUUUCUUUGUUUUAUUAUGAUAUCUUAUGUGUCAUGAUAAUUAAGUAUUUCGCUCCACGGUGUUGAGAUUCUGUUACAUGUGUAAAUGACGUAUGAACAUCUGCAUAUAAGUAUUAUUAGAACUUAAAGGGGUAUGUAAAAGGUGUUCUGCAAAUUUUGGUUCAUGGCAUUUCUGUGAGCAUCUUUCGUGAUACUUACGAUGAUAAGUUUCUGAGACGAAAAUAUACUUGUGUGACAUUUGAGUAUACUUAUUGAGCAUCAUCGGUAUUGUGGUAUGCGUUUCGUGACAUUAGCCUCCCAAUAAAUAAGGAUGUAUAUUGAAAGGUAUCGUCAUUCCUGCCGUCGUCUGAAGAUAUAUAUAUUCUUGUUGGUGAGCUGAAUUUAAUGCUUGAAAUUAAUUGACACUCUUCUUGUAUGCAUAUACAAUGCAACAUUUGAAGUGGGAAGUUGAAUUUUAAAGAAGUUACACCAAAGAUCGCCGAUCAUACAUAUGCCGACAAAGUAAAAGUUUGCAUUAUUUUUCUUGUUCAAUUGUUUGACCUUUGAAAACAAUGACGUACUUAACAAUCUGCAUUCAGUGGAUUUUAAUAAGGUGCAACAGUGGCCCGCGGGCACUUGACUGUUGCCCGCCCGCUGGGCCUAGUAUGGGCCAGCAGUACAUCGCCACUAUGAACCCUGCCACGUCAGGCAAGUCGUCCACCCGUGCCUCGGGCUACCAUCAGAAGGCUUUACAAGAGAUUCGAAACUCAUUGUUACCUUUUGCUACAAGUGGAGUUGGUGAGAAUGUUGGUUCUAGUGCUGCAAGUACUAUAUCAACACUUUCGACAACUAGUGGUGUGAGUUCUGCUUCUGGACUAAGUGGUCUUAGUGCUGCGUCAGGUAGUAACGGAGUGGAUAAAGAUUAUAGUUUGUAUCGACAGUCUGUAUCUCAGCUGGUGACCAUGGGCUACUCUGAGGAAGCUGGUCUGCGAGCUCUAAAACUGGCAAAUGGCCGUGUAGAUGCUGCUUUGGACUUGCUUGUGAAGCAACAGCAGCAAACAGAGCCUGUCAAUGGGCUUUCCAAAGGUCCAGCUACAGGCUUGUCUGUGUUGAACACAAAACUCAUUAGAAAACCCAGUUUGGAGCGGGAACUAAGUCUUCAGCCUCGAAGCCCUGCUUUGGAUAGUGGCAUUGGCAGUAGCUCAAGAUCCGAUAGUCCCCGACUUGCUGAGUUGGCAACCCACCCUCAAUUGAGCCGUCAGUAUUCUCCAAGCAGCUUCACAGAACCUCCCCCACCCCCUCCACCAAGAUGUUCAUCCACUCCCCCUCCUCCUCCACCCCCGCAUCCAUCAUCACACCCAUCAUCCCAUCCUUACCCCUCUCCCGAUAUGAAGAAACUGCUGCAACGAAUGUCACCUGCACCUGUACCAUCAAGACCACCUGCUGCGCUGCCAAGCAGUGCUGGUGGUGGGUCAUCAGGCCCACAGGCACAGCAAAGGGGCACUAGUCCUGUGACGUCGACUAGCAGUGGGGUUUCAAGCACCUCAUCUGGUCGGCAGCCAAUGAUUCUUCAGAAUGGACCCCAAGUACAGCAACAGUUGACGCAACAAAUGCAGGCUUUGAACUUAUACCAAAGCAACAGUGUUGCUAGCUCACCAUCUGCUGAGCCUCCGCCCCCCUAUCCUCUUGUUCCUCCAUCUCCCACUGUGCCACCACCCCCACCUUCAUAUACUGCAUCUAUACAGAGCCGCCAAAGUCCAACACAGUCGCAGGACUACCGUAAAAGCCCCUCAUCAGGAAUAUAUUCUGGUACUACUUCUGCUGGUUCUCCAAGUCCCAUUACGGUAUCCGUAUCGAGUCCAACACCACCUUCUGUUGCACGACCUACUCCUUUGCAAGCAUGGGGUGCACGACAAGCAAAAACUCAGCCGCCAAUAAUCAUGCAAUCGGUUAAAAGUACACAGGUCCAGAAACCAGUUUUGCAAACGGCUAUUGCACCAACAGCUCCUCCUCCAGUCACGGCAUCACCUCAGUCCCCACCACAACCUCCUCCACCGUCCUACGCAUCUUCUAUACAACAGAAGCAGCAGGCACCAGCACCCCCUUACCCUCUGCCUUCUCAGAAACCGGCAAUUGCUGUUCCUGGACAGCCAGUCUCUUCCCCUGCAACUACUGCUAGCCCUGUGACUGUGCCCACUACAGAUCCACCAAGUUAUGCCAGUUCAAUUCAGGCACUUGCAGUUCAAAGGGGAAUGGUUUCCCCUGGAGUUCAUAUGCACCAUCCUUUACCUCCUCCACCUUAUGGCCCCACAGGUGAAGACACUCUUGCUCCUCUGUUAGCCAAUACUGGUGCCCAAGUAGCUACAGUGGAGAGCACUGCCACUCCUCGUGCAUCAGCUGUUGUUCAAUCCACUUCUCUUCAUCACCCACCACUGCAGCGAAAAUUUUCUCCUGUAGUUAAUGUGGAUCCAGGAAAUGCACGCUCUGAAAGCCCUGGCUCAACAUCAUCUGCUGAGAGCCGUGUAGUUCCUCAGACUGGAGUGGGAGUUGGAUUUUCAUCUCCAGUUGACAAUACAAUUGGGCUACCACAACAAACACCACCUUUGCCUCCAGUUGCCUCCUCAUCUGUUGCUAAUAAGAACAAGAAUAAUCCGGUCUCUGUGCAAAAUGGAGGGGAUCGAAGGCCAAGUCAUCCUGGUGGACCCCCAUACAAGAUCAAUCAUCAAUCCCCUAUUCCAGAGAGGAAAAAUGUUAGCAAAGAGAAAGAAGAAGAAAGAAGAGAUUGUAAAGUGCGUAAUUAUUCUCCACAAGCUUUCAAGUUUUUUAUGGAGCAACAUGUGGAGAAUGUUCUAAAGUCACAUAAACAAAGAGUGUUCAGAAGACUGCAGUUAGAAACUGAAAUGGCUAAGAUUGGUCUUAGUGCUGAAGCACAGUGUCAAAUGCGCAAAAUGCUCUCUCAAAAAGAAUCUAACUAUAUCAGGCUUAAACGUGCAAAAAUGGAUAAAUCUAUGUUUACCAAAAUUAAGCCUAUUGGUGUGGGAGCUUUCGGUGAAGUGGCAUUAGUGCGUAAAAUUGAUACAAAUCAUCUUUAUGCCAUGAAAACUUUGCGGAAAGCCGAUGUCUUAAAGAGAAAUCAGGUUGCUCAUGUGAAAGCUGAGAGAGACAUUCUUGCAGAAGCAGACAACGAAUGGGUUGUAAAAUUAUAUUACUCUUUUCAAGACAAAGAUAACUUAUAUUUUGUGAUGGAUUACAUCCCAGGUGGUGAUUUAAUGUCUCUUCUCAUUAAACUUGGAAUAUUUGAAGAACCGUUGGCAAGGUUUUACAUAGCUGAAUUGACAUGCGCAGUAGAGAGUGUUCAUAAAAUGGGGUUUAUUCAUCGUGAUAUUAAACCAGAUAAUAUUUUAAUUGAUCGUGAUGGUCACAUCAAACUUACUGAUUUUGGGCUGUGCACUGGAUUCCGUUGGACUCAUAAUUCAAAAUAUUAUCAAAGGAAUGGAGAACACGGGAGACAGGAUUCAAUGGAUCCUACAGAAGACUGGAAUAAUGAAUGUCGUUGCCAUCAAUUGAAACCUUUAGAACGGCGAAGAAAGAGGGAGCACCAGCGCUGUUUGGCUCACUCUCUAGUUGGUACUCCCAAUUACAUAGCACCUGAAGUCCUGUUGCGCACUGGAUACACCCAACUCUGUGAUUGGUGGAGUGUUGGAGUAAUUUUGUAUGAAAUGUUGGUUGGCUCUCCUCCAUUUCUUGCAGGUACUCCUGCAGAGACACAACUGAAGGUGAUCAAUUGGGAGACCACGCUUCAAAUUCCGAAAGCAGCUAAUUUGUCUCCAGAAGGAAUGGACCUCAUUCUGAAGCUCUGUACUAGUGCUGAUAAAAGACUUGGCAAAAAUGCAUCAGAAGUAAAAGCACAUCCGUUUUUUAAUGCAAUAGAUUUUGAGAAAGGAUUAAGACGUCAAGUUGCACCAUAUAUUCCGAAGAUUCAGUAUCCAACUGACACAUCAAACUUUGAUCCAGUUGAUCCAGAUAGGCUUAGGAAUUCGGGAUCAUCUGGUUCUGACAAGUCCGAUGAAUUUUUGGACAAUAAGCCAUAUCAUGGGUUUUUUGAAUUUACUUUUCGUAGAUUUUUUGAUGAUGGAGGUGGUGGCCCAGCGUAUGCUAAUAAAAUUAAUCUUGAUGAUGACAAUCAAGGUCCUGUUUAUGUAUGACAUAAAGUAUCUGGUUAUUGAAACAUUAAUUUUUCCUUAGUGACGGUAAGAUUCUUGCCAAUCCAAUGAAGUAUCAAGUGUAGGAGCUACUGUUAGCAUUUUCAUUCCUGCAUUUGUAUAAUUGGAAGUCACAUAACAGUGUUGGCGCACUGGCAACAAACCUGUGAUAUUCCAUUGAUGUUAUACAUCAUAAAUCUGUUAUGCUGCUUGUAAACUCAGUUCACAGUAGCAACGUUAUAUUUUGUGAGUUUCACAGCUAUAAUGCACAUUCAUGUUCUUGAGAAAGGAGUUACUUUUGAGGGGAUUACUGCGAGUUCUGUAAAAUUACAUGCUUACUAUGUGUUAGUGUAAUGGAGGCUUGCUAUUCCAGUUUGCUUGCAAAAUUGAAAUGAUGGCUACGUGUUAAGAAGAGUUUUAUGUAUUAGUGGGUAUAUCUGUGGAGCAUCCAUCAUUUUCAAAGUUAAUUAACUCAUUAUUCACUUUCAUCUGUGUGCAGCUUUUUAAAAAUGUUUUUUUAGCAGCUGAAAACUAAAGACAGAAUCAAUAUUUGAAGUGUUGGUGCUAUAAUUAUAGGCUGUUUUGGAACUAGGAGUUCCCUGCCAGAUUUUCUUCUGGUUUUCGUUGCCUUACAAGUGUGGUGUCCCCUUGAGGGAUGGAACAUCAUGCAAUUUUUCCAAUGACAGCCAUAUAGUUAGAGUUGUAAUAUAUAGUAAGCUGUUUGUUUCAGAGGCUUUAUUUGCAUUUACACCUCGUGAAAGCACGUGGGUGUAUGAGUUUCUUGUAUUCAGUCCAAUGCUGUGCCUUAAAUGUAGAUUUGUGAAACAAUGUCUAUGUAUACAAUCAUAUAUUUAUUGAAGAAAAAAGUAUUAGUAAAAAUAUUAUAUGAUUUUAAAAUAGUGUCCAUUGAUUGUGUCCAUCAUGCCUUAUACAUGAAUACUAGUUCACACAAGUCAUUCAGGUGGCUGCAGAUGUCUAGUUUGCUAUGUGUACAUUUUCUGUGGUUGUUGUGACCAGCAUUCUAUUGCUCAUCUAAUGAUGGAAUAGAGGUGAAUGUGGGCAAAUGUGAAGUGUGUUCCUCUUUAAUUGUAGUUCGUUCAUGGGGGAAUCAUCGGAACUUCCCCAUAACAACUUAUUAUUCUCUCAUCACUUCUUUCCUGCUUGCUUGUCAUGCAAAACUACAUUUUGCUGUUCCAUUUUAGCAUUCACAUUAGUAUGUUUUAUGGUGUUUCUGUUCUUUUCACUCAUUAAUAAACAGUUGCCACUAUUUAUUAUAUUAUAAAACAAUACCCUUUUCACAACUCAGUUGUGCCAACAAAAUGUGUUCAUGAAGUACUACCAAGUAACUUGUAAAUAUGUGUAAAGCAUACUGAUGUUAAUUUUGACAGUUUAUUGUCUAGAACUGGUUUUUCACUCGGUCUGUAAUGAUGCAAGGUUGAAACUGUCCACUAUGUUUGAUGUACAGUCAACGCCCGUUGAAAAAUUCCUUCAAAAUUUUUUGAUUUAAUAGAAUCUUAAUGGGACUUGUUCAAAUUGUUUUUACCUAUAGAAAAAUGUUUAACUGAUACUAUAAAAAUGAUAGCCUUCUGUGAAGGAUAACAUAUAACAGAAUUUAUUACUAUUAUUAUUUGUAUUCACUCUUUUCCUGCUUCUCACAUAAAUGUGUGUGUGUGUGUGUGUGUGUUUGUUUUUGAGUUUAGCAUGAUGCACAUCAUGCAAUCUUGACUGAAAACUGUUGAUAAAUAAGUGCUUUACAAAAAGUUUUAAGAAGGUACUUUUAAAUAAGAACGUAUCAAUUGAAUAAGAAAUAAUUUUCAAAAGGUUGUAUCUGUCAUAAACUUCAAAUUUUGAAAGAACUAUACCAAUCAACAUCAGAGGCAUUACUGAUUUCUAUACUAAUUUUUAGAACAUCAUAGACAUAUCACUGUGCAAAACAUUGUUUAUUUUAAACUGCUUGUAUUAAAUUUUUAAACCUUGCAGUAUUUGGGAGAUGAUUUAUUUCAUCUGCUGGCAUGAAUGAUUUUCUUUUGUCAGAUUUUUGUGUAUAAAACAAAUUUAUUUCCAAGCUAAUGUUCCUUAAUGUACUUUAAGUGGUAUAUUGAAAUGAAUUGUCUGUUCCUACUACCUUCAUUAUAUGCAAUUAGAUUGAAAAGGAUAUACCAUAAGGCUUUUAAAUGAACGGUAAGAACAGCUAGAAUCUUGUUUUAAAUAGAAAAUUAGAUUUUACUAUGCUAUUAUUUUCAGCACAUAAUCCAAAUUGAAGGAAAAAAUAAAAUUAUGUCAUAGUGAAUUGUUUUUGUGAAAGGUGAAGGUUUGAUCAAAUGCCUUAAGCAACUUUUUUAUGAAAGGCUUGUUUAAAGCAUUAUCCUGGCUUUCUUACAUAUCACUUUGUACCUUAUUCAGUACAUUCAGGUCAUCCAGCAUAAACAACACUUACAAAAUAUUUUGUUCUGAAUUCAUUAAGCACUACUGCAUUACUCUACAAUUAAAAGUCAAUGUGGACACUAAUUCAAGUAGAUCUGUGCCUUUACAGUUAUAAAUAAAAGAAUAGAAUGUAUGUUGUUGUUUUUUUGACACUUGUGAUAUUGGCUGUUUUAUCUAUUUCUGUAUCUGUCAGUCUGAAAAUUUUUUUUGUUGCACAGAUUGGGGUAUUUAAUAAAUAUUUUUAGGAAAUGUAGUUUAUUAUUUUUUUACUGAUGUUACUUGUACGACGUGUGAAUGGCGAAAAUAAAAUAGUUGUAUUAUUUUGGAAUUUAUUUCAGAGGACUUCAGAAAAUUAUAUUGUUUAUAACUGCUUGCACUAAGAAGCUUCGAUAGUAUUCAUUGGACACAGAGUUUCUGUUGAACUCAUGUAAUAUUUUUUUAAGAAUGGUUGUCAUGGAGGACUGUCUUCCAGUUCUGUUAGGUCCCUGUUAGUAAUAGCACUGGUUAUCGUAAUCCAAUACUAGACAGCAAGUUAAAGGUUCAUGAAGUCUAGUCAGAGUUUUAAUUAAUCACAGGGUUAUAUUGUGUGAAUAUUUUUAGACAUUGCUGAGUAAUAUGGAUAUUCUGAAGAUCCGUUAAAGCCGGUUAUUUUGUAAAAACAAGUGUUAAUUGUGGGUGACUGGUUUUUGGUACUGUACUUUAUUGCUUUCUUUGUGCUCUUGUAUAUUUGUAUACUCAUUCAUUGUAAUUGUUUGCCUUAUCUUUAACACGAUACCUGUAUUUAUGAAGGUAGUAUAAUAGAUACUGAUGCAUUGUAGAGUACUAAGCUUUAACAAAAUCACAUUUCAUUUAUAACUUAUUUGUUAUUUUGAUAAUUUUUGUUAUUAAUUAUUUAAAACAGACCAUUUGGUCAUCAGGUGUAAAAAAAGAAUUCUCUUCCUGUUAUUACAGAUAUAGGAGUGUGUAUAACUGCAAAAUAAAUAAUGGCAUAGUCAGAGAUUGGUAUGAUAACAUGAAAGAUUUGUGUUCGUGUUGUUUUCUAAUGCUGAGUAAAAUACAGCCAAUUACUUCCUGCAGCAGGUUUUUGUUUGUUUUUAUUAUUAUUCCUAUUAUUAUUAUAUUAUUAAUAAUUUGUGUUUUGUAGCUGAGUUCCAUAUGUGAUAUGAAAUUGUUGCAGUUAAUUAGUUGUAUGGUUUUAGGGUUAUUUAUGAAAAACAUAGUCCCCUUGGAAAAAAUUACUCGCUGGUUCAGUAAAGGACAAACACAAUUUCUUUUCUUAAAAGUUUAUUGUACUGCAUGUGUUGGGCUUAUUCAACAAACUCUUAGUUGUAUUGAGAUCUACAUCUACAUCUAACAUUAACUCACAAUUAGUUUUAUCAGAGAUUUGGUUUCAUCUGCUGUAUUGUAAACAUUACAAUAUUACAAUGUAAUGGCUACAUGAAAAAAACGUAAUAGUAUAAGUAGUACUGUUACACAGUAAUGUUAGCCAAAGUAAUCAUGUAAAAUACAGAUCUGGUAAUGACAUGUGUAUAUAUUGUAUUAUCUUCCAGCUUUUGUAAUUAUGCUAAAAAUAAGACUUAACAACAUUAUAGGUAUCGCGAGUGAACAUGUUUUGUGUACAUAUUUGAAUAGUGCUGAUGCAAGAUGCAUGAAUGUAUUUCAAAUUAUAACUGCCUCCCUUAUGCUUAAGUUUCUGUAAAGCAAAGUUUGCUCGAAGUGAUAAAUUAAUAAUUUGUACCAUACCUACUCUGAACUUGCCAAUCAGUUGAGACAAGUAUAAUACUCCAGGUAUCUUCAGAUAAGGGAGAUUUGUUUAGAAUUCUAAACAGAAUUUUCCUAGUAAGUACAUCUU